GUUCAAGAGACACAGGAACAGUGCACUCUGCUGAGAAACACACUAGCGACCACCUGGCUUCUAGUGAGAACGGACAGCCAUAAUGGAGCGCAAACCUCAGAAGAGUUCAGGCAAACAAUUUACAUUCUAUUAUGAAAAUGAAGUCUGCAAACAAGAUUAUUUUAUUAAAUCACCACCUCCUCAGCUUUUCUUCUCUGCGACCUCUUGGAAAAAGCGGCUUUUCAUUCUGUCAAAGAGUGGGGAAAAGGACUGUAGUCUUUCGUAUUACAAAGACCAUCAUCAUCGAGGUUCUAUUGAAAUUGACCGAAAUUCCAGUGUAGAAGUUGGCAUCAGGAGCCAUGAAAAAAUGCAGUCUGUACAGAAGAUGUUUAAAUGUCACCCUGAUGAAGUGAUGUCCAUCAAGACCACUAACAGGGAAUACUUCCUCAUUGGCUGUGACAGGGAGAAGAUUAAAGACUGGGUCUCCCUCUUGUCAUCACUCUGCCGGGAUAUAAAAGCAGCGCACCAGAAUACAGAGGAGAAACUCUCAUCAGGUGAUAAAGGCCCUUCAGACCCUCUCCUUGGACCUUUCCGCCCGCCAGAGGCUGUCAGCGCCACCAUAACAAGAAACAGUCUUCCAGACAUGCGUUUAGUGAAAGAACAUUCUCCAGGACUCAGAGAAGCUCGCCUAUCGCAUGACUUCUCAUCAGAAAUCUCUCAAGAUUCAGAAGAAGACAGCCAUUAUAUUAGUCCUCGGAGCAUUCUUUUAGAGCUGGAUAAUAUUAUUGCUCCCAAUGAUUCUGGUGAACUCACGCACCCCACUGGACCUCAUAGUCCAGACAAGGUCGCCAAGACAGCUGAGUGUCAUUACUUGUCAAUGAAAUCCUGUCUUCUCGAAGAGCUGUCCCUUGAGUCUGUUGAUGGCAAAGAGGAAUUUCAGCCCCUGGAAGAGAUCCAGAAUGGGGAGCUUCAUCAGCAAGAACAAGCCUCAGGAACUCACUUUUAUCUUCCACCUGCGAAUUCCGAAGCACAGACCACGAAUGACACAAAGCAGUCGGCUUCACUAACUGUUGUGCAACUGUCUAUAUUAAUCAAUAAUAUCCCAGAUGAAAGCCAAGUGCAGAAACUGAACGUGUUCCUUUCUCUUCCUGACAUCAAAAAUUAUCUUGUUCUCAAAGAAGCUGCAGGACGGAUAUGUGUGGCUCAGUGGGAUGCCCCUCCACGUCUGGGAUGCUUAUUUUUCCAUGGAGAUCACCUUUUGGCUGUGAAUGACCUGAAGCCCCAGAGCCUGGAGGAGGUCUCCUUGUUUCUCAGCCGGUCCAUCUGGAGGGAGAAAGUAAAACUCACCAUCGGUCGUAUCCCAAAUUCAGAGAAAUUUCACACAAUAGCCUGUACGUGCUCCUUACAAGACCUUAAACCUCCUCAACUGGUUACAUCUGUACUGGAGGGGACACUGAAAAGGACUCCAGCCAUUAAAAAGGGUCAGCAGAAAAGAUCUGGAGAGUAGCAUGCUGGGGCCCACCUCCACCAAGCCAGGACAGGCUUUGGACUCUGUGCUGGACUCUGGCCCUCACCACUGUGUGACACCAGGCAGCCAGCACACCUCUCUGAAUUUCUCCAUCUGCAUCUUAACAAUGGAAAUAACCCUCCCCUCUCUGGCUUUAGCAUCAGGGAUGCUGAGAGGGCCAAAUGGAAUAAUGUCUAUGGAACCCAGUGAACAUGUAAGAUCUUAUUAUCUCAGACUUUGUCCCAAACACCACAGACAGAGAUUGGGUAAGUUUCUCAUCUAAAAUGCGCUGUGUGUUCUGUGAGGUCAUGAUCCACACAAUCUCUUCUUUGUUAGGGAAUGGACAGUUGGAAAUACUCAUUCUGGGAAGCCAAGAUUCCCCAGGGAGAUGUGAUACCAUAUCGGCCUUCCCAAACACCUCCUGUUACUCAUCAUGUCCAGAAUGUUGAGACAUCAGUGGCCUCUUGGAUUCCAUGAUUGUCUUGUUUUCUUAAAGACUCAGGAAGAAUUUUAGAAGUCAAAGCAGUUUGAAGGUUCUAUCCAGCAAAGUUUGCUUGUUCUACAAGUACUAAGAGAACUGCUUAGCACUUGAGAGUUCGAAGGGUCUAAACUAAUUGAUGGGUUUCCUAGGUGGUGCUAGUGGUCAAGAACCCACCUGCCAAUGCAGGAGACAUAAGAGACUCGAGUUCAGUCUCUGGGUCAGGAAGAUUUCCUAGAGGAGGGCCUGGCAACCCACUCCAGUAUUCUUGCAUGGAGAAUCCCAUGGACAGAGGAGCCUAGUGGGGUACAGUUUAUAGGGUCUCAAAGAGUCAGAUAUGACUGAAGCGACUUAGCACGCAUGCAAGUAAUUGAUGCAUUAAACCCACUGAUCCUGAAAGGUGGGAAGUAUUUUUUCUCAUAAAUAAGAAAACAAAUUCAGAGGACUAAAAUGGAUGAAUCAAAUCAAGGAAUGGUAGAGCAAAAGAGGGCUUUGGAAAAUAGAUCUUACUGGGUUGCCAUUUUACACAGGAAGAAAUAAGGCCUCUGACCAUUUACUGAUGUAUUUUUUUGUGGCUCCUGGUUUCAUAGCUAUUUAGUGGCAGAACCAAGAAUCCAAAAGCAGAUAUGGCAAUGUCCUGAUCCUCUCUUUGGAUUGGGAUUUAGAUUUGAAAAGACCUUCUUUCUACACAUAGAUAGACAGCACUGGUGGCUCAGACAGUAAAGAAUCUGGCUGCAAUUUGGGAG